AUGAAAUCCUCCAAGAUGAUGAGCUCCAAUCCCGAGGAAGACCCUUUGGACACGUUUCUCCAGUACAUUGAGGAUAUGGGAAUGAAGGCCUAUGAUGGCUUGGUUAUUCAGAACGCAUCAGACAUUGCUCGAGAGAACGAUCGCUUGAGAAACGAGACAAACCUGGCCUACUUGAAAGAGAAGAAUGAAAAACGCCGAAGACAGGAAGAAGCAAUAAAACGCAUAGGUGGAGAAGUGGGGCGAGGCCACGAAGGAACCUACGUGGGCAAGCAUUUCCGCAUGGGAUUCAUGACGAUGCCCGCGCCCCAGGACCGGCUGCCCCAUCCUUGCUCCAGUGGCUUCUCGGUCAGGUCGCAGUCGCUGCAUUCUGUCGGGGGCACAGACGACGACAGCAGCUGUGCCUCCCGGAGACAACCACCCCCCAAGCCCAAGCGGGACCCCAGUACCAAGCUGAGCACGUCAUCUGAGACGGUCAACAGUACGGCGGCCAGCAAGAGCGGGAAAGGCCCCGAGCGGACCGAAGUGUCAACCAAACCAAGACCCCACAGUGAUGAAUAUUCAAAGAAGAUUCCUCCUCCCAAACCAAAACGGAACCCAAACACUCAGCUCAGCACAUCUUUUGACGAAACGUACAUCAAAAAGCACGCACCCAGGAGGACCUCUCUCCCGCGGGAUUCAUCGCUCUGCCAGGUCAGCAGCCCCGCGGGGGACCCCGAGGAGGAGGAGCCCGUGUACAUCGAGAUGGUGGGGAACAUUCUCAGAGACUUCCGGAAGGACGAUGAGGACCAGAGUGAGGCCGUCUACGAAGAAAUGAAAUACCCCAUUUUCGACGAUCUAGGCCAAGACUCAAAAUGUGACCUCGACCAUCACAGUUGUUCUUCGCAGUGUGCUACUCCCACGGUGCCUGACCUGGACUUGGCCAAAUCCUCAGUGCCAUGUACUCCAAAGGGUUUGCUCUGUGACAUCCCCCCGCCCUUCCCCAACCUGCUGUCUCAUAGGCCCCCGCUGCUGGUGUUCCCCCCGGCGCCGGUGCAGUGCUCCCCCAACUCGGAUGAGUCUCCGCUCACCCCGCUGGAGGUCACCAAGCUUCCUGUGUUGGAAAACGUGUCUUAUAUGAAACAGCAGGCCGGGGCCUCUCCCUCUUCCUUGCCAUCGCAUGCCUCCGGCCACGCGAAACUGGAGAAAGAGCAGGCUGGAGCCGCGGGGCCGGUUCCGGCCGGCUCCGUGCUCUCCUCGUCCCCUCCCCCGCCCUCCACUCUGUACCGAACGCAGUCUCCCCACGGCUACCCCAAAAGCCACUCCGCCUCCCCAUCGCCUGUCAGCAUGGGCAGGUCCCUGACCCCGCUCAGCCUCAAAAGGCCGCCGCCCUACGACGCCGUGCAUUCGGGCAGCCUCUCUAGGAGCUCGCCAGCAGUGCCUCACUCCACCCCCAGACCGGUGUCAGACGGGGGCAAGAUGGUCAACGCCGCGGUCAACACCUACGGCUCGGCCCCGAGCGGCUCCCGCUCCAGAACCCCCACGAGUCCUUUGGAAGAGUUAACCAGCCUCUUUACCUCGGGGCGCAGCCUGCUGAGGAAGUCGUCCAGCGGCCGCCGCUCUAAAGAACCGGCAGAGAAAUCCACAGAGGAGCUGAAGGUUCGGAGCCACAGCACGGAGCCAAUACCAAAGUUGGACAGCAAAGAGAGAGGCCAUCAUGGGGCAUCGUCCUCCAGAGAGCCUAUCAAAGCUCAGGAAUGGGAUGGGACCCCUGGACCACCUGUGGUCACCAGCAGACUGGGAAGAUGCUCCGUGAGCCCCACAUUACUAGCAGGAAACCACAGCUCAGAACCGAAAGUAAGCUGCAAACUGGGGCGGUCGGCAUCCACAUCAGGUGUGCCCCCUCCAUCUGUUACCCCUCUCAGGCAAGCCGGUGACCUGCACCAGAGCCAGGUGGCAUGCAUGCAGUGGUUUCAUGGAGACCAUACAAUGCUUGAGAUGAUUGAGAAAAAGCGUUGCUUGUGCAAGGAAAUAAAAGCUAGACAGAAAACGGAAAAGGGGCUUUGCAAACAGGAUAGCAUGCCUAUCCUACCCAGCUGGAAGAAGAACGCAGGUGCAAAGAAGUACAGCCCUCCACCCUAUUCUAAACAACAAACGGUAUUCUGGGAUACGGCCAUAUGA